CUUGUACGGGCUUCCGUGAAGACUUUGACCAAGCUCCAACCUACCGUUAGUUGGGCUGACAAGCUUUCGAGACCGCUUCCUAUUUUUUUGUUUGCCGGGUGUAUAUUUAGAUUCCGAUUAAAGAGUUACCAGCCAGUAUAUCGUCUUGCCCAGGUAAGCGUGAUUCACGGCCUGUAGACGCUGUGGGAUUAUCGGGUAAACGCUGCUUAGCGGCGGCGUCGUGCGUCACAGUUCGCCAGCACAGUUGAAGAGUUAACCUCUAGCUAGCUAGUUAUAGAGUUGGCUAACUGGCUAGCAUUUGUUUCUUGGCUGAGCGAGUCCCAGCAUGUCGUACCGGAGGACUCUAAAACUUGUGUGUGGGUUCGCUGGAAGCUCCGCCGUUCUAGUUUUAGCAGCCGCGGCUGCUGAGUCCCGCGGAUAUUUCGGCGAGCAGCGUGGAGAGAAGGGCAGUCGGUGGUCCAGAUUGACCGUGCUUCAGGCUGCACAGCCCGCAUGGACACCGGCCAGUCACACGCCGGUGGCGUCUGGGCACGGCUGGGACUUCAACUGGGAUAAGAGAGACCCGUCCACAUUGACUAAUGGGAAGAAGAAGGAGAGUGCAGCUGAAGACCCCAGCUCAGAGCAGGACAACGGCAAACCUAAAGCCACACGCAACAUCCUCCUCAUCAGACACUCCCAGUACAACCUGAGUGGGAACGACGACAAGGAGAGGAUCCUCACACCAUUAGGUCGUGAGCAGGCAGAGUUGACAGGCCAGCGACUGGCAGCGCUGGGACUGAAGUAUGACGUUCUGAUCCACUCCUCUAUGGCCCGGGCCACAGAGACGGCAAACAUCAUCAGCAGACACCUCCCAGGAGUGGAGCUGGUUAGCUGUGACCUGCUGAGAGAAGGCGCACCUAUUGAGCCGGUUCCACCCGUCACGCACUGGAAACCCGAUGCUGUGCAGUACCACGAAGACGGAGCCCGCAUCGAGGCCGCCUUCCGCCGAUACAUCCACCGGGCCAGCCCCAAGCAGAAGGAGGACAGCUACGAGAUCAUCGUCUGUCAUGCCAAUGUCAUCCGUUAUUUUGUCUGCAGGGCUCUGCAGUUUCCUGCAGAGGGCUGGCUACGCAUGGGCUUGAACAACGGCAGCAUCACGUGGCUCACCAUCCGCCCCAGUGGCAGGGUGGCCCUCAGGACUCUGGGAGACUCAGGAUUCAUGCCUCCGGACAAAAUAACACGGACCUGACAGCCCAACAGCCAAGAGGUUUACAGACUUCUCCGAUACCCAAUUGGUCAGUCGCAGGGUCAAAGCGUUCGGUUUUCUCCUUAAGUGUCUUGAAAAUAACUUUUGGUCUUUGGUAUUUUAUUUUUGUAAUUUAACUACCAUCAUGCAAUGAUCAAGUCUUUGCGAUGUUGUUGUGAACACUCCCGUGCCAUAGUUUGCCAGCUAGUGUAAAGGGAGUAAACUGCAGGGGUGAUAUCACUGCGGGAAGUGAUACCUUAAGUGAUGACAGCUGAAUAGAUGCUCCUCCUGAAUGUAUUUUAAAGAUUUCUACACAACUGACUGAUUUUUAAACCAAAAAAAAAAAAAACCUCUUCAUUUGUAUAGCCGUUGUGUAUGCAUGUCAUGCUCAAUCUUUUCAUGUGUACUGCAGUGCCCUGUGAGGGUUGUGUUGUGUGCUCUUAUGCAAUAAAAGGAAAUUACAAAUGCC